GGAGAGGACGCAGAACAGAACCCCUCUCCCGAUGGGCAGCGGAGCAGUCAGCUCCUGGCACGGCAGUUGCAGGAUUUCUGGAAGAAGUCCCGGAACACCCUGGUGCCCCAGCGGCUGCUCUUCGAGGUGACCAGUGCCAACGUGGUCAAGGACCCCCCUUCCAAGUACGUGCUCUACACCCUCGCCGUGAUGGGGCCAGGGCCACCAGAUCACCAGCCAGCCCACAUCUCUCGCCGUUACUCAGACUUUGAGAGGUUGCACCGAAACCUGCAGCGGCAGUUCCGGGGCCCCAUGGCUGCCAUCUCCUUUCCCCGUAAGCGCCUGCGCCGGAAUUUCACUGCAGAGACCAUUGCCCGCCGCAGCCGGGCCUUUGAGCAGUUUUUGAGCCACCUGCAGGCAGUCCCCGAGCUGCGCCAUGCCCCAGACCUACAGGACUUCUUCGUGCUGCCGGAGCUGCGGAGGGCACAGAGUCUCACCUGCACUGGCCUCUACCGUGAGGCUCUGGCGUUCUGGGCCAAUGCCUGGCAGCUUCAGGCCCAGCUGGGCACCCUCUCCAGCCCAGAUCGCCCUCUGCUGACCCUGGCUGGGCUGGCUGUGUGCCACCAGGAGAUGGAGGACCCUGGGGAGGCCCGGGCAUGCUGUGAGAGGGCCCUUCAGCUGCUGGAGGACAAGAGUCCCCAUCCUUUGUUAGCACCCUUUCUGGAGGCCCAUGUCCGGCUCUCCUGGCGCCUGGGCCUGGAUAAACGCCAGUCAGAGGCGCGGCUCCAGGUCCUGCAGGAGGCAGGCCUGACCCCCACGCCACCCCCCAGUCUCAAAGAAUUGCUCAUCAAGGAGGUACUGGACUAAUCUUGCCUAGACUUAAGGUUACCCUGGGGAGAGGCACUGCCCCAGGAUGCAGCGGUGGGGGACCGAUGAGGGAUGAGGACCUGAACAGCAGCUGGGAGGCUGUAGGGGGUGUUGGGAACCCCUAGGAGUAACACAAAGAAUUUGUAGCAGACUGAGGAAAUGUGGCUCUUCUGUUGGGCUGGGCCCAGGAAAAGCUUUGGCUGGGGAUGUCUGGGACCUGGGAUGGUGCAGGGAGGAAGUCUGAUGCACUCUCUUCAGCAAAUGCACGGCUGGGGGCUGUGCCCCAGGCCAGGGUCAGUGUUCCCUUUUCCUUGGGCCUCCAAGUCAGUGAAGGAGACGAGUAAGGGCCAGGACUCGGGAGUCUUGGAGUUGAUGGCUGGCGGGAGGGCUGCAGUUCUGGCCCAGGGAAGAAAGGCCAGCAGGUCCAGUGGUAGCAGCCUCUUUAUUGGGUGAGGGACAAAGCCCAGCCCUCAACUGUAAUUCCUGCCUCGCCUCAGGAGUUGGGGGAGAAGGGAGAUCCUUGAAGCCCAGGCCAAGCUGGUACCUCUGGCUACAGCUUGCUCUCUGUGACCGGGGGCUUCACUCGGAUCACGCCCUCCUGGGCACAGGAUACAGCCAGCACCCCGUCCCGACGCCACAGCUGCCCACGGACCAGCCCCCGGGAGCCACCUGUGGGUGAGAAGGGUAAGAACAGCCUUCUCUCUCCUUUAGCACAGCCAAGCAGGCUUCUUAAGAAGGGUGCAGUCCAGGUUGGGCUGCCCCAGACAAGGGCACACUGCGUACUGUGCCCCUUUAUGAGCCUAACGUGUUCAGUCAUGGGGUAGCCAUGGGAACCCCCACAGAACAGUUUAAAAGCACUUUAUAUGUCCUCGGGCUUCCUCACAACCACAGAGUGGGAGUUCUGAGAACAGUCUCCAUCAGUAGCGUGGCUAAGCAGAUCUACCGGCCUCUGGCCACUUGUGUUAGGAAACCCAUCAGUUCUCUUUAUAAUAAAUCAAACCUGUCCCUCCAGGCUGGUAUUAUAUGAAAAGUACCCCAACCCCGAGGGGACAAAGGAGCUCAAGGGAGAGGACCUCUGGCCACCCCUUCCUCGCACCUGCAGAUUUCCUCUCCCUUGUCAGCCUCGGGCCUGAGUUGGUGCCGGUCCCUUCCAUGUAGUACAGCUCACUUAGUCCUCACAACAGCCAAGUGAAGAAGGGUUUGUCCCCUUUCCUAGAUGAUGAGCUUAAAAUUCAGAGAGGCGCAGGAACUUGGCCAUAAGAAUCAGGCCAAAACCAAGUAUCCUAACUUCAAGGUUGUUGAUCCUGUACUGUGAUGCUAUUGGUACUUUUUGUUUGUUGGUUAGUUUGCUUGUUUUGUUUAUUUUUGAUGCUAUUGGUACUUAAGAGUCCUCCUUCCCUGAGUAUAAAGAGCCCCUUAAGUUUUGUCUCUGUU